GAUGGGAUGAGCUUUGCUUGGUACUGCAGGGAUGUUGAAGACAGCGAAUUUCAAUUAUCUGACCUAGCUAAGGAACCUCUUGUUACCGCGCCUGGCUUUUUCCCAGAUCCUGACGUAAGUGAUUAGAAUUUCUUUAUACCGUGUAGUUACCAAAUUAAUGUUAGCGAGAGCAAAUUAUGUCAUUAAAAAUACAAUAUUUAUCAAUUUCAGCAGUUUCAUAUUUCUCACACAUUCGUACUUUUCAGCUUGGUGGAUGUUUUGGAACAGGGCGUGGUCGAUUGAAUGUGACUGAUCCGAUACUUGAAUUUGAUACUGGUGUGAUGGUUGAAGAUAAAGCGUGAGUAAAGAUGUAAAUGUUUUCUUGAGAAGUUAAAUUUUGCAAGAGCAAAUUUUAUUGAUAAAAGGAGUGAAAAGGCCUUUCUAUAAGUGAAUGUUAUUGGUUAAUUCUUAAGAAUGCAUAUCGCUUUCUCUGUCCGAAAUGUAUACGUGACCAUAACAAUGGCGAUGACCGUGACCAUAACAAUGGCGAUGACCGUGACCAUAACAAUGGCGAUGACCGUGACCAUAACCAUGACGAUGACCGUGACCGUAACCAUGACGAUGACCGUGACCAUAACCAUAACCAUGACGAUGACCGUAACAAUGGCAAUGACCGUGACCAUAACCAUGACGAUGACCGUGACCAUAACAAUGGCGAUGACCGUGACCAUAACCAUGACGAUGACCGUGACCAUAACCAUGACGAUGACCGUGACCAUAACCAUAACCAUGACGAUGACCGUGACCAUAACAAUGGCGAUGACCGUGACCAUAACAAUGGCGAUGACCGUGACCAUAACAAUGGCGAUGACCGUGACCAUAACCAUGACGAUGACCGUGACCGUAACCAUGACGAUGACCGUGACCAUAACCAUAACCAUGACGAUGACCGUGACCAUAACAAUGGCGAUGACCGUGACCAUAACAAUGGCGAUGACCGUGACCAUAACAAUGGCGAUGACCGUGACCAUAACCAUGACGAUGACCGUGACCGUAACCAUGACGAUGACCGUGACCAUAACCAUAACCAUGACGAUGACCGUGACCAUAACAAUGGCGAUGACCGUGACCAUAACAAUGGCGAUGACCGUGACCAUAACAAUGGCGAUGACCGAAAUGAAACAAUGUAUUUUCAAACAAAACAGCACUAUAUGUGCAUCAAAUUAGGAUUUACAUCAACAUUGGAAUCGAUUAUAUUAUAUUACCCAAGUGAUCAUUAUUUUAAUAUUUUGUAUGACCUCCUUUUGAUUGUAGAACGGCUUUAACUCUUCCUGGCAUAGAUUCAACAAGUUUUCUAAGUACUGCUAGUUUAAGGUUAUUCCAGCAUUGAUAAAAGACAUUCCAUAAGUUGUCUUCACAUGUGGGAUUAUGUUUCACUUUCUCUAGUUUCAAAUGAUCCCAUAAAUUCUGCCAAUUGAAAUCAUGUGAUUGCAAUCCUAGGGUAUCUCUACAAUUAAAAAUAUUUUAUUUUUAACGUUUUUGUUUCUUUUUAGUUAUGCAAUUUCACUAUUCGUGUCUACAAGCUAUCAAGGUUUUGCCGUCCGACAACAUUUAAGCAACAUCUUUUUUCAUGUGGCAAAAGGUCUACCUCCAGGACUUUUUGUAAGGUAAACAAAAAUAUAGUUUAUUGUAAAAUAAUCACGACUGCAGAACUUACAGGUCUAACUCCAAAUUCAAAAUGUGUGCUUCAAAACUUAGUUGAAUUAAGAAUUGUGCAGUUACAGGUUCAAUAGCAAAAAUUAUGUGGAGGCAGUGGAUCUAAAUUUCUAAAACCUGGAGUUACGGCCUGACAUCUCUUAUCAUAGCCUGUAAAGAUAUGAUGGUCUGAAAGCCCAGCAAACUUCAAAGGUACAAAAUAGAAGACUUUUGUUUGAUGUUGAACUGUACUUCACCGUGCACAUAUCCUUUGUCUCAACUUCAUUAAAUAUUAUUCAUCGUGGUUGCACGCUUCAUCUCAGCUAUCCCUAUUGGAUGGUUACUUCAUUAUACGAAAAUACAAUGCGCUCAAUCACCGUGACCGUGCAUUAACAUAAACUCAGACAAAAACAUAUAGAACAAACACUUCCGUUUAGUUUCCAGACCAUCAUAUAUUGGUAGACUAUAUGCUCUUAUUGGCUACUUCAACAUAGAUGUAAUCUACAGGCUUGGUAAAAGUAUGUUGGAAUCUUGGAGAGAGCAGUCUCCACAAUAUGCAGUAGAUAUUUAUGUUGACAUAUUUAGGGUAGUGGGACUGUACACAAACAGGCACGAUAUUUUAUGCGAUUCUAUGCCACGCCCUUCGCUUGUAGGUUUGGCCAUGUGAAAUUCGUCAUUACAGCUUUCGAUAAUUCUGAUACUGUGUAAUUUUGGUUGUUGCUACGUCCCACAAGCCGUUUUGUUCUUUCUUCGUUAAAACGUACCUAUAUCGGAUGUUUAAACUUUCUAACGUUAAAAAAACGUUGUUUGUGGCUCCUGAUUUGCUGUGUUGAUGUUGUGUACUCAGGUGAUUAUGAUGUUUGUGAUGUUACUUUGAGUGUGUAUCCACACCGGGUAGGCUUGAAAAAUAUGCCCGGCCACGGUGGGAAUCGAACCUACGACCUUUGGAAUACUAGCCCAAUGCUCUGCCAACUGAGCUAUACGCGGUCAGGUUGGUUCGAGUAUGUGAUAUUUCAGAACUGAGUCUAGUUCUAUCGACAUCAAUGUAAUGUAAUAAUCAUGAUUUGCUGUGUUGAUGUUGUGUACUCAGGUACUCAACCCCGUUGUGAAAUACCUCUUUUGUCUAUAUGGAAUCUACACUAUUUUAGCGGAACUAUAUCAAUUGUCGAUAAUUACAUGAGUUUAAACCGCACUUACUAAUAUAUCAUAAAAUCAAUCAUCCGAAAGCCUGUGUGGUAAUAUCUUUUUUAUGUUUUCAAAUGAUAUUGACAUUUCAAAUUUCAGCUGUUUCCCAGUUAGCUUUUCAUCCUUUGGAAGUAUAGAAAACUGAGCCCUUAACAUCUCGUUUCAAAUAUCAGUCUUUAUAUGGUAUAUUUUGCUAACUUCACAGCUGUGCCAAGAACUGUCAAGCAAAAGUUGCCCGUGACGAAAAACUAAUCCUAAAAUCUAAGUGUAACAUUCGUUGCUAUGGUGAACUGGCGUUUACUUGGACAUUGUACCGCUAUGAUAACUUAAACACCCCGGAACCCUACAACCUUUCUGCGUUACAUGAGUUUACUUCAAAUGAGCUAAAGGAGAUGACGACAAGCCCAAUCGACGCAUUGGAAAUUGCUCUCAAACCGAAAUCACUGGAACCUGUAAAGAAGUAUAUAUUGGCUUUCCGAGCAUUUCGACCUAAUGGAGUUUUUGGCGAACUGCGAUAUACUUUACUGACCAAUGAUGCGCCAGUUGACGGUAUGAAAUAAACUUUUAUCGUUGAUAUUAUAACCCACUGAGUUGCAGUGCGCCCUAUUUCAUUAAUUUACUCUAUCUAACGCGAAAUUAUUUUACUGCCUAUGUAACCUCUCGGCGGCCCUGCAUGCAAGAGUGAGUUUUUCAAAGAUUGUAAUCAAAAUAGCUCGGGUCCUAAGAAUAAAACUCAGGAAUGCAUGUUUUAUCCAAAUUUCACCGAAAACGUGCAAGAACGAGAAACCGCAAUUUUUCGCGCUGACACAUGCAUUCAACGAUACUGAUAACUGAUUGCCUACCGUAAUUUUCUUUGUGAAUUCCUAGGUACCUGUUCCAUCUUUCCUUUAUCUGGUGUUGCCAUGGAAACGAACUUCACUGUCUCGUGUGCAAAUUGGGUUGAUAAUGAGGCACCUCUCACCGUUGAAUUUUCCCACCAAAUCAAAGGUGUAAAAACUGUAUUCUUCUUUCGCGAAAUUCCAAUAAGAGCAAGAGUUAGUGCAACACUCUGGUUACAAGCUGGAGAUGAAAACAGUGAUUAUCGCCUGAAUGUCAGUGCCGUUGUAAAAGACAGAUUUGGUGCCAAAGCUGGCGAGGACUUCACGGUUGAGGUAUACUUUCUUUCCAACCUUAUUAUAUUUCGCAAGCUUUGUAACCCAGAGAAGUAAAGCUGGUUUCAACCACACCCCCUCGGGAUGGCUAACGAAUAGUCUAAUUCAUAGCCGGAACGGGGGGUCUAGAGGGGCUGAAGCCGCCCCACUCCACCCCUCCCCCCGCACCUUUUCAAAAGUAGGGAAAAGGGGCCCGGAAUAAACAUUUUGAAAAUUCUAGUUAAAAAUUGGGCUAAUUUAGUGAAAGCGGUAGGUGUAAUAAUUAUAUUGCAAAAUUUAACACCUCCCCCAUCUCUAACAUUCAGACACAAUAUUAUGGAAAUUUUAUGGAAAUUAACUAAGCUGAGUAUGAACGCCUUGUAUGUUGUACAUAUGAUAUUCGAACUGAUUUCGAUACUAAAAGAUCUCUGUCAUCGUUUCAGUGAGUUAUAAAUGUGAAAUUUUUCGGCGAUGGAAUGAUUUUCGGUUCGCUGGAAAAUAUGCUUAUUUCAACCUGAGUGCAUUGUUUUGGCAAACCAGCCUGUCGAAAGAGUUCCGUGUGCAAGAACGGGUGAAAUUCGCCUUGGGAAAGGGAGCUACCUGCAGCCUGUAUUCACACGCUGGUUCUGCUUAAUAUAACUGAAUUGGAGAAUUGGUCCAGUUGUGAGAAGCAGUGAGCAGUAAUGUUUUUCCACACAAAAAUUUCCUUGUUAACGUAUAGAAGUAACACUAUUUGGGUUAAAUUAUUCCUGGUUAAAUUUCCUGGUUAUUUUAUCUCGCUUCUUACCAUAGUCUGGUUUGUAACCAGGAAUCUGGUUAUAUUUCGCCAGCACGUUCUUGUUAAAAUAACCAGACUAUGUUAGGUGGAUAAAUAACCAGGACCCCCUGGUUAUUUAUCAACCUAAUUUAGUUUGGCAAACAGGGGUGUUUAGAAGGGGGGCACUGGGGGCACUUGCCCCCCCCCCCCAACUUUUCAAAAGUGCCCUUUUUCCGGGAGCAAAGUGCCCUUUACCUCCGUGAAAAAUGUCGUUUAGAUUGCAUUUUUUCCCCAAUGGCCUUUGAUUUAUGAUUGGAUUUGUUUUUGUAUUUUGGUAUUUCCUGAAAAAUUCUGUUAUUUUCGGGGAAAAUUUUGAAAUGUGCGCGAAAAAUUUUCUGAAUUUCUGGAAAUUUUUUUAGUACGUCCGGAAAUUUUUUGUAAUUUUCUGGAAAAAAUAUGAUAUGUCCAGAAAAAUUUUUGGUGUGUCCGGAAAAUUUUUUUGAGAUUUCUGAAUUUCUGGAAUAAACUAUCUAAAUAAAACUAUAACUAAUAACAGCACUUAAGAGGCUAAACCAGAGUUCUAUCAAACUGGAAAAAAUCUGGAAAAAAGAUGAUAUGUCCGGAAAAAAUUUUGGUAUGUCUGGAAAUUUUUUUUGAGAUGACCUCUCCCCCCUCCCCCCCCCGUCGCCAACAUUUCCGUGAAAAAAAUUUUUAGGUGCCCUUUUCAAUCGAAAAGUGACCCUCGAAGCCCCCCCCAACUUUUAGAUGCUUCCUACGCCCCUGCACUUGGUACAUAUAAUUAUAGUUUUGAAUGUUCUUGGAUUUUCAGGAUCGUAGGAAAUUUCUAAAUCACGGAAGUAAUGGCAGUUUAAAUAAAAGUAUUUUGAAAUAAAUUACUCUUAUAUCAUUUGGGUAAAACCAUUUUUAAAAGUUCAAAUAUUUCUGAAUAUUUUAGGUUGUUCCACAGCCAGCAGAAAAUAUUGACUUGAACCAGUUGCAAAAUUUAACAUCAGAGGAUGCUAUGGGAGAACUAUUUGAGACUGGUAAUGGUGUUUUAGCCAUAGGUCUGGCUUCAAAUAUUGCCUCUACACUCAAUGGCUUGGGACAGAACACGACAUCAAAUGGCAGCAGUUUAACGCAACAGCAAAAAGAUGCUUCAAAAAAGGUAAGAAUGAGAUGUGUAAAGGCCCGUCCAAACGGACCCAAACACUUUUUUAGGUCAAAUUUUUGUCGACGUAGUUUCAGCAAACCCGAAUGGGAACAUGUGAUAGAAUGAAAAAUUCCUUUCAACAUUGAUUCGGAGGAGCGGACGAAAUAUUUAUUCAGAGAAACGCCAUUCGAGGCCAAUGUCUGUGGGUUGUCCACAACGUUUUGGCCAGGAUUGUAGGCCAGGACACAUGUAUUCGCCACAAUAUUGCUUUGCAGUCGUUAUUCAAAAACAGUGGAUUGUUGAUUGAAUAUUAUCACAGUUUGUGAUUAUUCAGAGCAGUAUUUCGACUGAAGAGGCAGCAAAAGUGCGUAGAUAUACGUAAAAAGCUGAGAAUUGUGACUUUUGUGCGAUUUACACUAAGUGCCAAUUUGUACUGCUCUUGUUGCACAAUCAUGGUCUUCCGUCUUCAUUUCGUUUCGCUUGUCUUACUGAUCUGAAGUGUGAUGUGUAUUCUAGAAUAAUGAAUUUGUUGCAAUAAGUCAUUUGCCUGGAACCAGACGGGAUAAUUCAUUCCAACCGUUAUCUAAAGCCCUCGUAGAAGGGAUGUCCUGCUCAGUUCAUCAGCCCCGCUCUUCCCCGCUGAAUCCUUCCCAGUGCUUCAAGAAGGUUGGCCCUAUAAUAACUUGUAUCUAUGCUAAAUAUAGCUCUAUGAACAACACAGUCGAUCAUGUAUAAUAUAACAAGGGGAUAUAACAUCUAAUUUGAUUAGCUAAUAAGCGUGCGUUAUAAUGGCUGUUGCCUCGUGCUUUACAAGUUUGUCUUGUGUUCUCCAAACAUUCUCUUCGUGCAUUAUCACACGAUUAAAGCACACAACUUAUCUUCAAUUCCUUAACUAAAACCUGUUUUUGGCCACAGCCCAAAACCUCUAGAUCUACUCUCCUUAACUCAAACGACUAAACAUUUUCCGUUGACUCAUUAAAAUUUACUGACGACAAGUUGCUACUAUGGGUUUGAGAAGGUUAGGGGUUAUUCGACACCUGAGUGAGGAAACCUACCUGUACAGUUUGAAUUAGGCAAAUCUCGACAAAAAUGAAGGUAGUAAUGCUCGGCACUGCAUUCUGUCGCAUCUCUGCAAUGUCUGUUUGCACUUUUAUAUUACGUUUAUUGGUAUAGAGCUUAUUGAUAACAUAAAGCCCUACUAUUUUUUUAUUAGAUUAGAAAACAGCUCUUCGCGUCCCUCGCCAGUGCCAAUCUGUCAGCUAAAGAUACAUCUUCACUGGAACAAAUGAGUGGGACAGUUUUAGCUCUGACCAAAAACUCUGAUGAAUUAGAACCUGAAAGUCAGGUAAGAGUUUAAAAUGAUUAACAGGAGAAUCUUUUGUAUGUGACGUAACACGCGCUCAAAACUAGUAUACUUUCUCGCUUGGUAUGACCAUAUUCAAUUUUUAUAAUUUUUGAUACGUUUUUCAUGCGGCAAACAAACAUAAAAAGUAUGUUUUGUGCUUUAUCUAAAAUGAAGAGAUUUUAGAUGAUACGCCAAAGAGUUUUAAAAUUAUGUCUGAAUUUCAGUAAGUUUCGCUUAUGUAGCUGUAUACAGUAAAUAUAUGGCGUCAGUUAUAAAGCAUCAAUAAAUAGUUUAUUAUUUUUUACUGUUUUGCACAAAAAAUGAAAUUAAAAACAAUGAUCGUGCGUUCGUGUUGCCAUAAGUUCAUAACACCACGGGGAAACGUCUGCGCAUGUGCGUGUACUAGAAGAAAUGACGAGGAAUUUAAAUGCUUAAAUUGACAAUAUGUAACUAUUAUUUUGUGUUUUUCAACCGCCAGAUACAUUUAAAAAGGUAGCUAACUGUGUAAACUACAAAAGAGAGCUAAAACAAAGUGAUUUUGAAAGGAACGCCAAAAAGAUUUUAGGUUUUGAACAUUUUUCAUUACAAAUACGCGACAUUGACAAAAAUCGCUUCUUAAAGGAAAUGUAUUAUUUGAAAUGACCUAUGAGAUAUAUUGGAUAUAUUUAGACCCUUUACACUUUUUCCGAAUCGUGUUUAGUUUUCGAAAUAUUUAAACCAAUAUUUUGUUUUUUUGUUCAAAUAUGCAUGCUUGACGUCACAAUACUUUCAGAAUGCAUGGCAUCACAACGACGUCACAUUCUGCCAACCAUAUUUCAUUAUGAGUAUGCAACUCCGUUUUUCAUUCUUUUUCCAUUUCUAAUGGGCUCACAACAUACUAAAAACACUUCAACCCCGAUGGUCAACUCCAAUUUAUUAGGUCAAACAUGAACUUGAAUAUUAGCAAAAUAUUUGACAAUAACAGACAGUUUGCAUGCAAGAACGUCCUUGGACUACCUUCCUAUAUAAAAGCGAAAAAUUUGACUUUAUCCAAUUUUAUCAAUCAGCAUUUUCUUUCUUUCCGAGUUCAAUAACUUUGUACCCUCUUCGUGGAAAACGUAUCAAACUAUUUAUUAUUUAUUUAUUUGAUUUUGGCCAAUAAUAUUUAUUUACAUGAAAAUACUAAUAUUAAGGACGAACAGGGCUAGGAGUCUAUUUGAAACAAUUUGGCUUUUUUCCUUAGACCCCUAGAAAAUAUAUUGGGACAGGUUGUAUAAAACUCUUUUAGUUAAUCACUGGUUUGUAGUUGAAUGGUAGUUAAAUCUACACUGUAAAUUUUAAGGAGUUGAAUCCAAAAAUUUUAUUUUGCCACAAAAAGCGGUGACAGAAUAACACUUUGAAAGUUGAUUAGGCUCAUUGAAAUUUACAGUGUAAAAUACGCGAUUUUGAUUGGUUAAAUUUCGCACAUUGCAUUUUUAUACAAUCGGCCCCUGGAUAUCAAUUAUAUAUCUUAUGUUUGUCUUUUUAGGGUGCUGCACUUCAACUUACAGAAACGCUAACAAGCAAUCUAAAAGGAUUGUCUGAUGGAGACAAAGGUUUCUCAAAUGUAUUGCAAGGAGCUUCAAACCUUGUGGGCGGUAUUGGUCAAAUGACAACUAGCAUUGCGAAGGAAGCUAGCAAUACUAGCAGCGAAAAUGGUGCUUCGGUAUGUCAUGUGACUAGUUAUAAAAUAUGCUAUAAUAUAUGUGCAAUAUACUGUAUGAACGUUUUUGAUUGGCUGACGUGCGUGCUCGAUAACUCGUUUGAGCUCGACUACAUGCACGGGAAUUCUUUGCCUCGUUUUUGCAAACAUUUCCCCAAACUUUUUUCAGUUGGUUAUCAGCCUAUAAAUAUAAUUUGUCGAACAGACACACCCAACCACUUAUUUUGACUGACAACUGAGAUUAUUUUAUCUAUAGGCGUAAAAUGUCAAGUUCAAAGCUUGAAAAGACCACUCUAAAAACAAUCUCAAAAACGUUUUCUGGUAAAGUUUGGAGGAAAAGUUUAACAGAUAAACACGUGCACUUCUAAAAUGCAGAAGUCGUCAAGGGAAACAAGGCUACAAUGUAUUUAAAAUUGCAAACAAUUUUUAAAAGCAGUGCAAAACUAUUAAUGAACAAAUGAUAUAGACCGUGAAAGUGUGACAAGAAGUAAUUCUCUGCUUCUACUUAGAAUCAACAGUAAUGUAUUGUAUUAUUUUUCCGUCCUCUAGGAUCAAGUGAAACGUUCUAUUGGAUUAGUUGACAACAUUCAAGGCGUGUUGCUAGACAAUUUAGUUAGCAACGAACCACCAGUUAAUAUCGAAUCUGACGAGCUAUCCAUGCAAGUAGAAAAAGUGAUGAUAAAAGACGCUGCUCAAAAGAAUAAUGGCAUAAAAGGAGCAAAAUUUGGAUCCCCUUCACCUGGUGCACUUGGCAUAGGAAAUGGUAAGUUAUUGAUGAUUAUCAGGAGCUGUUUAUAUGUUUUGUGGGCAUCCGUUAUGUUAUCCGUUAGCAUGUAUGUAACCCCCACCAAUUUAGAGGUAACUAUAACGUUCAGGUCUUGGGCUAAAGGUGCUUGGAUUAGGCGAAUACGCUUCAAUUCCAUGUGCUUGAAACCUAUAUAUAGUAAAUGGAGUUGUGGUUGGUCUCUUUAUCGAGUUUUCUGGGGGGUUUUCUUCACAAAAAGCUAAGCAAUUAACCUAUGCCCCACAAACAGACAUGAACUUAUCCGAUUUUCAUAAGUGGAGGAAGAUUAGUUUGGUUGCGCGGGGAGGAGACUAACAAACCCUAGGGGCCCAUCCUAAGUAUCCUAUGCCGGGAAAUGUUAAUCCUGGGUCUUCUGAUAUAGCAUUUCUUGCGUUGUGGAGAAGAUUAAACGUGCACAAAAUAUAUUUAUCACUUAUUACUUAUUACUGAGAGUGAGGGAAACAGUGUGUUUUGUGGCGAGGCGAAGCCGAGGGCAACAACGGCGGUAUCGGGUCCACAAAACACACUGUUUUCCCGAAGUCUCAGUAAAUAAGUGUUUUGUUAUAUAGUAUAUAAGUGUCAAAGUAUGAAUAAUUCACCGGUUAUUGGAGUGAACUUAAUUUGAAACCGAAACUGGAUAAAUGCAUCGCCGUAAAUGUUUGAUAAAAGGUUUAAAAAAUGAACUUUGGAACUUCGCGGUUGACACGCAUGCGCAUUUGCACCAUUUAUUAUUGACCGGUCAAUAAAUGUUUCACUGUGGACCGGUUGCCGAACAUGACGUUUUGUGGACCGGCACGUGAUACAGUUUUGACCAAUCGGCAAACAGAAAAAUUGAACUUUGACAUCAACUAUAUAGCAAGUCAUUUUGUUUAGUUGUGCAUUUUAGGCACCAAAGAUUAAAGAAUAUGAUAUCUUCACAUUCCGUUCUCCCACUUUGAGGGUGCAUAGCCCCAUUCUGCUUUUGGAGGGGCUAUAGCCCCCUACUUUCCCCCUAUAUAGCCUCAUACUUCCACAUAUUCCGUCGCCUAUGGUAGCCUUUAUCUCAACCACGUAUUUUAUCUGCGUCCUGUGCAAAUUUGUUUACAGUUGCAAAUGUGAAAGAAAAGCACUUCCACCCUUCCCCUCCCCUUUCCUCCCCUCCCUUCCCCUCCUCUUCCUUCCCUUCCCCUCCCCUCCCUUGCUGUAGUCCAGCCUUUGAAAUCAAAUUGUAAAUAGUGUAGUUUAGCUUAGCUUAUACGUUGUUCAUUUAUUUUAGUUGUUGAGAAUCGAAAUAAUACUAUUCUUCAAAUGCAGCCAGUGGACAUCAAGGUAUGAAUAUAUUGAUUAAAGAGUAAAUGGGCGUAUUUUUCCUUUUGUUAUAAUUUAUUUUACUUUUCAAAGGUUCGGAACGAUUCGAGAACAUAUAUACAUUGCAAUGUGUAUCUAAAAUAUGCAUUUUGCAUACAAAUAAUUGUAUCAUUUCUCCUUGUCGGAAUACCUAUAAGCUACAACCUUGAACGCCUCAAGUGCCGAGCAUCUACCUCUCCCUAUUAUAUGCGCAGGCUAUAUGGAGACUACUAAAUUACGCACGAGAAACAUUACGCUCUUUUACCACCUAAUUAAGAAGGGAAAUUCAUAUAAUCUUUGAUCUGGUAAUCUUUCUUCUGUGCCGUUAUGUAAGACAAAUCGUUUCAAAAACUGCUUCAUUAAUGCUUGCGUUUGCAACUUUUGAGUACUUUUAAACUUAUAAAACUUUCGUUUGUGGAAACAUCACGUAAAUUUAUUACUGCAAAGCUUUUGCUCCGUAAGUACUUAGAUUCAUAUUAUUAGCACUGGUGAAAAUCCGGGCUUACGUAUCGAAAACUUUGCAGUAAUAAAUUUACGUGAUGUUUCCACAAACAAAAGUAUUGUACGUUUUAUCGCCAUGUAAACCUACAAAGAACUUACUUUUAAACUUGUAAUGAAUUUUGACAUAUUAUACAUUCAAUAUUCAUGUAGUUAUUUAAAUUAGUGUAUAGGUUCUACUGUAUUGUAAAAGGUCGAGUGAUUCAGUGGCUUAUUCAUAGCGAUUUAUCACUGAAAGUCGAUUAUUUAAAUAAAUGAACAUGAAUAUGGCAUAUCUUGUAUUUGUUUUGGUUUGUGGAAAACACCACGAAUAUUUAUAUUAUAGAGUUUUUGGUCCGUGGCCUAAGUAAGCCUGUGCCCAGACCUUCAUUACUUCUUAUCGUCUUAUAAUAACAAUAUCCACAAACCUGAACAAACACUGUCAUGAUUAUCGCCAGGCGUGCAAAAACACAUAGACUUGCAUGCAACAUUUAUAUGCCACAUUUUUAUGUUUGUUCAUGAUAUUUGUGAGGAACAUGUUUAUAAAAGGCAAACACAAAAUCUCUUAACCACAUGCGAUUAGCGCAAACUCAGCUUCGCCAGAUUUAUUGCCGAAAUAUGGUGUAGUUUUCAUAUUUGUAAGUCUAUGCGUUAAUGUUAUAGAUCGCUGUUGCUAACAAGAAUCCGUUCAGCUGGGACAACACAACGAGUAAAAGUUUAAGCUCGAGCGUUGUUGACAUUAAGUUGCAAUCAGAUAUGAACGUUUCUACCUCGAACGUUUCUGAGGAUUUCUCUAUCACCAUACCACGAGACCCCACUCUGUUUCCAGAGCCAGACUCGUUUUUCUUGAAACCAAGUCACGAGAACACUACAGCAAAAACGAAAGAAUAUUUGAAGUACCAUAGGUUCGAGCGGAAAAACGAUUUUACUUCAAUUAAUUUUCAAAUGCGACCUGAUGAACCUGGAAUACAGUUUCGUGUUUACCUGAAGAAAGAAUCGAAACCAGAUAUCAUGAAAAGAGAUUUUGAAUUGGAAUAUGAACUGCCUGACCUUAGCAGUUGCUUAGCCGGAAAUGAAAGCGUGUUCAAUUCGUCUGUUGAUCAGUCCGAAUCCGAUGAGAAUAAAACCAUCUAUGUUGAUCUCAGAAACUGCACAAGAGAUCCUUAUACAGUCUUCGUAUCAAAUGUUGACAUGAAUGGUGCUGGAAGAUACUGGUUUGGUAAGUAUAUCUGAGUGGACAGUAAUUUCUUUAAUAAUUAGAUUUUUCCGUGCAAAUCCUAUAAAAGCACCACAAUGAGACGAUUUCUGUCAUUGGUUACUUUCACAGUAAAAAUUUAAUGUUUUCACCAGCAUAGCUUUUGAAUUGACUGUAGUUUUUCCUGCUGUCUUGCAUGGAUGGCUGCAGAUAUCCUGUAUACUUACAUACGUGCAGUCAUAUGAAAUGAGCAUUGUGCUACUGAAAAGUGUAGCAAAGUGCAGUAAUAAAAUAAAACAGAUACUAAUAUUAAUAUAUGUAGGCCAAAAGAAAAGUUUGGCUUGAAUAUUUUGAGAUCAUAGUUUGGUCAGAAUCUAUAUUCACGCCAAAACUGCAAUCUCGUUCCCAGGCUUCUUCGCUUAUUGCUUGAAUAUUUUGACACCAUAAUAUGAAUCUAAUAUGAAUCUACUUUGUAAAGUAAAUGAACCACGAGAUGCCUGAGGGGGAGGCUAAUAUGAGUCUUAGGCCGCGUUUACACUACGACGCUACGGAAAAUUUACCGUAGCGUAGUGAUUUGCAUCCGCAGUGCCAAACGUAGUGGUCCGGCGCUACGGCAAACCACUCCGUUAUAGUGUAAACACAAUAUAAUUCCGUAGUUAGUACGCUACGACAAACCACUCCGUUAUAGUGUAAACACAAUGUAGUCUCAAUACUAGAAACGUAGUAAAUUUUUAACGGAGUGUUUAGCCAUAGCGUCAUAGUGUAAACGCGGCCUUAGUUGUAUCCCCAUCAAUCCACAGCUUUCUUAUUAUUGGUAUACUGCCUAUACAUUGGCACAGACCGUUCGAGGUUAAUAUAGCGAUGGUCAAUUAUAUUGUUACCUUUCUAUGUCUUCUAUGGGCCUUUUCAUGUGAGCCUCGGUUCACCCGAGUGGGAAAAAGUAUCCCCACUAAUAUCGCGCCUUGGUGCAGGGACGAAAUUAUGUAAACAUAUAGCGUCUUCGAAAUAUGUUUUGUUGGAAUUCUGCAACUUGUAUUACGAAUUUAGUGUCUGUUUAGGUCUAUCAUUGUUUAUUUUUAGUCUGUAUUUUCCAACUAUGCUGUUCAAUGCUACAUUAUGGUCAAAAUCGGCAAAAAAAUCCAUCCCAUCCACCCCGGUCAGGUGGGAUAAAGCCUUUAUAUGGAAACUGUUAGCCCACUUGACUGAAAUCUCCCUUCCUAGCGGAAGGUGAGAUCUCAACUAACCGGGCUGGCUCGUUUCUCAUAUGAACACAAAUUGAGUUUUAUAUGCAGAUCUGACGCAUCCCGGUUGGCCGGGCUCAUAUGAACAGGUCCCAUGCAUGAAUCAAAGGUAAUGCAUAUACCUGAUUUGUGCAACUCUAAAAUUUUUGGUUGGAUCAUUGACUUUUUAAUUUGAAGGGCAAAAGCAAUAAAAAUUAAGUAACCUCCAUUUGGAAGAGACUUUUAAUGAAGAUCAAAACUUCAAUACAGAUUUUCUUAUUGUUCGUGGUAUAAAAGAUAUUAUCCUAUGAUUAUGCAUUCUGCCAUCUUUGAUAUGCAUCUCCAUCGUCGGAUAUGCAGGGUAGAAAAUUGCAAUUUUGUGGCUUGAGCAAUUCUCGGGUCAUUUUAAUUCUAAAUCUUAAUUUUUGACUCCUGUCUAUUUUAAAUUAAGGUACAAGCUAUAUGUACAAGCUUUCUACUAAUAAUAUUUGUUAGGUUUAAAAUGACUACCCUGGUUGUGACGUCAUUUAAUCAGAUCUAAUUAUAAAACAAGAUGGCUGGUGGCAGAAUGUUUUAGUUCCGACUAUCUCAGCAAUUAAGAUAGUUUGGGAGAAUUUGUAAAUUAUCUGAACAUUGUUUCAGAUUAGCCAAACAUAAUUUUUGUUGCCAUUUUCUUUUCAUAACAAGUUUGUUGGAUAAACUCCAUUAGUCAAUCAAUAGAUUAAUCAAGCUGUAUCUUCAAAGUUAAUCUGACAUGCAUUAUAAACAUUAUAAUUUAAGCUGUCCAGCACUUAGGACCAUUAGACAACAACAAAGACGAUGAAAAUUUGGCUGAGACAGAUUCUCGUCGACGACGUUCAGUUUCUUGUGAAGGCGAAGGAAGACGUGUUCGUCGUUCGUGUGUAAUUAUCCCUCCUGCCCCUCCGAAGCCAACUGAUCCACCCAGCGUUGUUCAUUUUCAAGUACCAGACACCCUUGGAUUUGAUGGAAAGUUCUUUUUCCCUAACCAAACCCCAAACUACAAUUUAUCAAUGUUUGAAUCAAGCUGUCUCUACUGGCAUGAGGAAAACGAGACUUGGACAGGUGAAGGAUGCAAGGUAAAGCUUCUGUGUUAUUUCACAGAUCACGUGUAAAAUCGUGAACUUUCAAUAUUUAAGAAUCAUUUAUCUUCUUGGGACAUGUUCUAAUAAUUUGCAUAUCACGUUACAAUAUUGCUUCAACUCUAAGUAGCAAAUUGUAUAACGCUAUGUUGUAAUAGAUAAGUGGUAAUACGUGUAAGAUAGCUCGUUUGCAACUUGUCGCAAUUGAUGUUCUCGCCAACACUGCAUUUUCUGGAUUUGUACAGAGGUUUGAUUAUAACUAUUUGUCUCAAUAUAACCCUAUAAAAAUACCGCACUCGGAAUGAACUAAAAUGCGGGACGGUAUACGUAGUAACCUAACCCAGGGCAAUAUUACAUGUACAUUAAAUGCCUUGACAGACAUUGUUUUUCCUCCAGCGAUCGCGACAAGUUGCAAACGACCUGCCUUAAUUAAUUCUUCUUACAUUUUGCUAUUAAUGUGCUAUACAGAUCAGUAUAAGGAAGUAGAAUGUUAAUUAUGUUUGGCCAUGAAUUUCAAAUAAAAUUGGAAUAUCUAUACUUGGUAUUCACUAGUAUAAAUCAAUAAUAACCUUUUGUUUAUUUUUCCUUCUAUGACAGGUGGUCUUGGGUACAAAUCGAGAACAAAUUUUGUGCAAAUGUAAUCAUUUGACAUCCUUUGGAAGCGAGCUUCUUGUUGCUCCGAAUCCAAUUGACUUCGAUUCGGUUUUCAACAAUUUUGGAAGUCUUGCUGAAAAUGUAGCUGUACUGGCUUUGAUUUCAACCAUUCUUGGUGGGUACAUUAUUGGAGUUAUUUGGGCUAGACGAGCUGAUAAGAGAGACCUAUUAAUGGUAAGUGAAUUUUAUUCCUUGUCAAUAAACAAAAUAUGAAAAAAUUAUACAGUCGGUUGCGGCUAAAUAUGAUUACACCCACUCAACCAAUCAGCGCUUAAAAUUUUCAUUCACUAUAUUCCACGACUAUAUCUGAAAUUACAUCGAUUGCAGGUCUGCAGAACUAUUAAGCACAGGCAAAUUGAGGAGUAAAAUCGUAUUCACUUAUAUAGUUUAUGCAACUUAUCAGUACGGCUCUAUAUAGCUAUACUCCUUAUAGUAUGCUGUAUAUAUAAAGCAUAGCUAUAUAGUAACUGGGUUAAUAUGUCGAAGUGACUUUAUGUAAGUCCAUGCAGCCAAUCUCAUCAAAGACAAAAAUACAUUUAUUACAAUUAAUCUGUUAUAAUUUGUAUCCCAACUAAAUACUGCCAUUGUUUUCACUCAAACUGCAAAGUCAAACUAGUUUCACCAUGUUUAAUUACAGUGACGUUUUUCCAGGCAAUUCCUGUUUUCAUUCUUUGUCGUCUUUUUUGUAUUGGUGAAUGAGUUUUCUUGUACCUCGAUUUAUUUAAUUUUUCGUUCUGUAGCGAAUCAGACAUGGCUUUUACACUCAUUUGCAACUGCCAGCUGCAGAGAACCAAACAAGAAAGGACCAACAAUGAGUCCCUCAAAUUAGAUAGAAGGCCACAUAGAGCUAGGCACCUCGUGGCCUUCUAUCUCGAGAGUCUAUACCCCCAUACUAAAAUCUCGGGACUCUAUACCCCAUACGGCACGCGCGUGAUCAUUCUCAAUCCCUUACUUGAAUUACUCAUUAAAUUUAUAAAAAUCUAUCCUAGAAACUGUACUAUAACAAGAGCUUCCAUGUUAACUGGUAGAUGCAAUCCCACGCAGACCUUCGUCCCCUAUAUGCCGGGUUAUGAGAAGUGUUUCUGGGAUAAAAUCAUUCUCGAUCCCAGGGCAGAAAAAUAACGUUGUUUUCUGCACACAGAUCAUUCAUAUAUUUUCAUAAUGACCGCCCCUCUUCCCGCGCCCUUGGCUCGUUAAAACGAUUAAGCCAGUGAGCUCCAUAUAUAUCUGGAGCGUGAACUCGAUUCCAAAAAGUGAAACCGAAGAUGGCGGAAAUUGAAGAGCUAUUGGACGUCAACCCAGUCCUUUUCUAUUGUUUUUGUCUACGUGGUCGGUCACGAAGCUGCCAGGAAUGUGCUGAAAUUUAUUUAUUAACUUUGCCGGCAUAAAAUUACAAUAACAAAACAGAGUGGCCGGGACACCGCAACAGCAUAUUGCCAAUUACUGCGGGCCCAAUUAGAUACAAUCAAACAAACAACAGACAUUCAACUGGACAGACUAACAAACCUACGAACAAACAAUAUUAGUUACUAUAAGCAGCAGGAUAUCGGAUAUGUAAGACUUCGUACAGAGUUACAUUUCAGGCAUAUAGUUUUAAAUGUUCGAGGAUUAUCAGGAUUAUAAUUAACUUCUAAGGAUUUGUGAUAGUAUUCCAGUAAGGCUGAUCUAAAGGAAUUGAAGCAGUUCGUGUCAUUUCGUAUUUUGACUUCGCUUAAAGACUAAUAUUAUGAUUUUAUGAACUGAAAAAUUGAUUAUUGUAACGGUCCGUUAGAAAAAAAACCCUGUAAUUAGCUGGAGAAAAUGGUAUAAAAAUGGUAUAAAAACUCUUUAGGUUGGGGUUAAUGUAAAGUGUAGUGAAAUGUAUCUCAUCGUAAUAUUAAAUCCUAUGAAAACUAAAGCCUCUGCGGAGGAGAGAGGGGUUAAUCCUAAACGGCCAUGGUCUUCAACAUUACGACCUUCAUAGAUAUUGGACGUUAAUUCCGCCAUCUUGGCUUCACUUUUCUCAUGGGUCGAAUGACUUAAUUUCUUGUUCCAGAUCUAUUUUGAGCUCACUGGAUCAAACUCACUUACAUAAAACAAGAAGUCAUACCGUAUCUUUACUGUACACGUGUACAUAUUGAUACACAAUCACCGAACUUGUGGUUAAUAAGUUCUCCUCCUUUGCACAUUGUCAGGUUGGUCCAACUAUCCUAACGAAACCAAAGGGAUCUUAUCAUUACCUGAUUACGACGUACACUGGUAGCAGACGCAAUGCUGGGACUACGGCAAAAGUUGCCUUCAAAAUGUCUGGAGAUAAAGGCGAAACAUGUCCUGUUCGACUCCGAGAUCGUCACAGACCUUGCUUCGAACGCCAACAGGAAAACACGUUUGUUAUUUCAUAUCCUCAGGGCAUUGGUGAUCUUAGUUACGUUCAAAUAUGGCAUGAUAAUUCAGGUAAUACUUCUCCAUGGGAUCUAAGUUACCAGCAUUGAUUCGCAUAGGCAAUAGGAUAGUGCCCAGCCCGAAGGCGCACGUACAAUCCUUAAGAGUUUUUUGUGUUGCGUAAUACCAGCUUAAAACUAACGAGUGUACCAUACCACAUGGUUAUUACUAUAAACAUUAAACCGUUUUAAUAUUUUACACGUUCGCAAUCGGCAAACAAACGUAAAAAGUAUGUUCAGUGCUUUAUCUGAUGCAAAUAUUAUUGUAUAACUAGAAAUACAUGCAUGCAGCAAUCCCUCGACUAUAUUUUCCAAACACUGAAUUAACAUAAACUGUUCAGAAAUGGCCAACACUGAACGCAGGCUCGCGUUUAAAUGUUGCCAUGACAACACGAUAUUUUUCAAUUUUUAAAUAUUUUUUUUAUUUUUUGUACAAAACGGCAAAAUAGUUGAAAGAUUCGUAAAAGUUAAAGAACUAUACAACAAUGAAUUUCCGAAAUAUACACUGUCGGUAUGCUGUUUUGCAUUUUGCGAGCGUUGAUUUAAUGUAAAAUUUAACUUGAAAUGCUUCGUAAAAUGUUUUGAUAUGUUCAUUCAACUAAACUACAUUUGCCGAUAAACUGUUUUUACUUUCUUAAUAAAUCAUAAUAUAUUAAGUUCAAAUUGUUAGGUAAUUUCAGUUCCGUAUUCAAAUAUAUUUACCCCCUUUACGUUUUAAGUUUUUUUUCUUUAAUUAAAUAGGGUAAUUUAGGAAACUUACAGCUUCGUUGGAAAGGAAAACAGUUUAUGUUUUACUAUUACGCAAAAAGUUCAAUAAAGCAACAGAAUUCAUAAACAUUAAUUAUUCAAAGCAAACGUGCCCUAUAUUUCACGAUUUUCCACAAUAAAUAAAUUCUUCUCGUUUCUUCAAACAAAAAUUGCUUUAAAGCUCUUGUAUAUGAAACAAUUUUCCAAAUAUUUGUCUUUCAAAAUUGAAUUCUUGCUUAUCCUACUCCUGGCAAUCCGCCAUAUUUUUGAGAUCAGUGAGGAGGUCCACCCAUACACCAUGACACCAAUUUGGACUUCGCUAAUGCUUUCGUUCCCCUGGGUGUAAAUACCCGAGCGGAAUUAGUACCCUCGCACGGCGCUUCGCGCCGUUGGCUCGGGGAUAAUGGUACAGAUAUAUUAUUGACCUCUCAUAAGCGGACACCUACAGUCUCCGCUUACCGGAGGUUCGACUGUAGCAUGGUUUCGAGUGCAAUUUGAAAAUUGCAUGCACGAGUGAUUUUUUUAAAAUCGAUGAAAGACUUAUUAUGCCGAACAAUUUAUACCUGCGCAGUUGGCAAGUUGCAUAGACGUUUCUUCACCACCAUUUCUAAGCUGUUUGAACAAUAAACUAGAACAAAUUAUAGGCCCCCGUUGUUUUGGGAUUACUCCCAGCUCUGGGUCCAGGGCAUGUUCGGUACCUCCCUUCAUUGCACCUGAAUUUAACCUGCGUGGCAGACGGUCAUUAAUAGAUAAUUACUGAGGCCAACGGCAUUAUUCGAUAUAUUGCAGCCAGCUGAGGCCGAAGGCCGAAGCUGGCUGCAAUAUAUCGAAUAAUGCCGUUUGGCCGAAGUAAUUAUCUAUUAUAAUUACUGACCCGAAUCAAAAGUAAUUAUUUUCGGCUGGAAGACUACGUUGCUGCUUGAUGGGACCGUAUGACAAUGAAUCUAUCCAACGUUACACUAGACAUUUGUGAGGACAUGCAUGUAAUGCAUCGUGAUAGAACAAGAUUUCAGUUUAAUUAAUCGCCCUAAAUUAAAAUCUCCACAAGCGGAGGUCAAUUAUAGUGUUCUAGUUUACAUAUUAUCAUCAAUGAUAAGGUUAAUUCAAAGAGCGUAUUAAACUGGAUAAACACGGGAAUAGAACUUGUGGUGUGUUCUGCACAUGCGUAUAUCUAGGAUAAAAUCCCACAAGCGCAAACGAAACUAUUUCUCUAUAAAGUUGAGCUGAAAGGACUCACAAUGACUGUUUUGGCAGUGCUUCAGGCGCCCGAUGAUAUUGUAUGAGGGGCCUUUAGCACUGUCAACUUCUCAUCUUGAGAUGUUCACGUUAUCGCGUGUACUUGUCAGGAUGACGAAGGAUUGUGAAUAAUGUCUGUGUGCACUGAUACACACUGCAUUAUUUUUAAUAAUGCUGUGUGCACGCUGCAUUAUUUUUAAUAAUGCUGUGUGCACGCUGCAUUAUUUUUAAUAAUGCUGUGUGCACGCUGCAUUAUUUUUAAUAAUGCUGUGUGCUAGUUUAGCCCGUAUAAACAUUUACACCUGGGAAUUUCCCUACAAUCAAAAAAGACCGCUCCCGUUUUUCAGAAGAACGCUAAAACUUCUCGACAUUCGCUGAUAUAAUGCAGAGAGAAAACAAUAGGUUAUUAUGACCGUCAGUAAUUAUAUGGGAAAUAGACCAGCGCAGGCUAAAUAAAUUACUCUCAAUGCACGUCAUCGUUGGUGCAUUAAUUGUUUCUAACCAUAGCAAAUGAUGAUGAUACAUUUAGGAAUACAUUCUUUUUAAAUCAAGUUUUAAAUCAGGUUGCCAUGGCCAGCUUUGUCGCUAGGUCCGUGUAUGGUACGUGUUUUGUUUAUACUGAUUUAUUAUUAACUUAGGAUCUUCGCCAUCUUGGUACCUCAGUCGAAUCUUAGUGAAAGAUCUACAAACUGAGCAAAUGUGGUCGUUGUUUUGUGAAAACUGGCUAGCUGUGGAAUCUGAAGAUGGUAAAGUAUGUCGAAUCCUGCCUGUAGCAAACGACGAAGAGAUGACGAACUUCAGUCAUUUGUUCUCGGCUCGUGCAAUUAAAGGCCUUGCAGAUGGUCAUAUAUGGUUUUCCAUUGUCUCCAGACCUCCAACUAGUAACUUCACUCGAGUUCAGCGUCUCUCGUGCGCUCUUUGUCUGCUAUGUUGUACGAUGAUCACAAGCGCAAUGUUUUACAACAUGGGAGGACAGGGUCCUAGUCCAUUUGCAAUCCACAUUGGCUCUCUCGUGAUCGAUUUAAAACCUUUUGUUAUUGGCCUGCAGAGCAGCGUUAUUAUUGUACCGGUGAAUGUGCUAAUCGUGCAAAUUUUCCGUAAUCUUCGACCCAAGAAGAAAAAGGAUGAUUCUGAGGAAGAGAGUAAAGUGCGAAAUCCAAACGGGGUGAAGAUUGAAGAUCCAAAUCAGGAACAGCCAAAAGGGAAAUUGCCCUACUGUUGUAUCUACUUUGCUUAUGCCCUUUGUUACCUUUCAUCUGCUGCCUCGAUAUUCUUCACUUUACUUUACAGGUUAGAGAAAUAAAUGUACUUCAAUAAUAGUUUGAGCAGUAGUUGCAUACCAACGUUUCAAUCUUGUUGGGAGAAUUAGACAGGCUAUCUCUUUUAUGUGCAUGUUCCCAGGACCGGUGUUCGAAAAAUGGUUAGCUUAUCCUAGGUUAAAGAAAAACACCAGCGGCUUGGCUUUUUAAUGAACUUGAAAAUAUUCUCCUAAAAUCUCUUCUCGAUCAUUUGAAGUUUUAUUUUUCCAAAGUUUUGAAAUAAUGGACGUACAGAAAUACCAAAACAACGGGAUGUAUUACUCCCAGCGAUAUCACUAACCGAGCUUUGAACCACCCGCUCCAGGUCUUUACUUUGUGCUUCGCGGACCGCGAUAAUCAUGUUUUUGCAUGCCACAUGUCAUUUUUGUCAUUUAAAGAAAUGCCCUCGUUUUUCAUUGAAGCAAAAUCGCUUCAUGCCGCCAUUUUACCUGUGAGUAGCCUAUCACUUAGGUUUGAAUUCGCGAUCGGUCAGGCAAACUGGUCAAGGACACGAACUGCAAAGAUACCGACGCCAAGUUGCACAUCUGUAUAUUCCUAAUCUUCGAUUUAAUUAAGCUAUGGUUUAGCAUACUUAAUACAAUAGAUGGUUUGGAAACUCAUUACCUAUGUUGGUCAACGUUUAUUUAUAAAUAUGUUCCUUCACCGUCACGUGUGUAUUGUAUUUUUGCCAAAUCCACCAAUAGCAAUUUCCAAUUUACCCUAUUGUUCGAGUCACGGAUAGGUAAGUUCCUAAAACAUUGCUAUUGGUUAGCUGGGCAAAAAUGCAAUACACACGUGACGGCGAAGGACCAGAUUUAUGAAUAAACGUUGACUAACAUAGAUAAUGAGUUGUAUUGUUAUUCUAAUGAGUUUCCAAACCAUCUACAAUAUUCUAUUAACUAUGGUUUAAGUCAAUUCGAUGCAUAUUUGCGUUAGUAUCAUAUGUCAGUACAAAAAGAAAUGUUUAUUCCACAAUUAUUCGUGACUGUACGAUGAACCUGCGCGAAAAAAGCUAAACUAAUUAAAGUCAGUGAGCCCUUCUUGUGGUGAGUGUUUAUUGUGUAAAACUAUAUUUUGUAGCAUUCAAUGGGGAAAGGAAACAUCAACAGAAUGGGUUAUUGCCAUGGUAACAUCAUUCCUUCAAUCAGCAUUACUGCUACAACCAGUCAAAGUGGUUGUUCUUGCUGUUGUUUUCGCCAUAUUUAUUCGCAAACCCGCUGAUACGGAGGAGGAGUCCAAUAUCACGCUUGCAAAGGAACAUCCCUUCGUAGACCAGCAAGAAAACAACCUCCUUGUCACUCAGCCUCCCCCGCCUCGUAAAGGAAAAAAAGUGAAAAAAUAUUUAAGGUAAGAAUGUUGCUUUUUUGUUGUAAAAAGUUACAUACUAGGUGUUAUAUGCGCUACAACUAUAACAUUGACAUCCGUAAAUUUUUACAAUCGUAAUACCCUCCAGUUCUUUUCUCAAAUUAUAGCGGAUUGGUGUAAAUUAUAUAAUAAUAGUAUGGGCAUGGAUAGUAAUGCAAUUUUAAUCGCCAAAGAUCCGUUUGCGAAUACCACCUUUUUCGAUCAGUGGGAAACUCUCUAUGUUUCCACCGGCCUCUCAUGCGUCGCACUUUAUCUAUCGACAAAGACAAAGUGCAGCAGAAGCAGCUGUAUACGACAAGUUUAGUUUAUGAGGAGAUUGGAAUUAUCUUCGACAGAUUUUUGAUAGUAACGCAAUUGCGGCAUUGCAAAACAUUUUAUAUCAGUUUUGGCUAUGUUGGUUCGAUCAGAAUAGAGCUUCACAAGUUAAUAGAUUUCAACAGAUUCUGACACGAGUUGUUACGAUACAACAACUGCCACAUGAGAAGACCUGUGCCUGUGUUCUGAACGGACCUUAAUAAUGAUAUAAUUUAAUAAUUCUAAACGCAGGAUUAAAUCAUUUGGUUGUUCUUUGAACUGCAUAUGAAUUAUCUCACCAAAGAAACACGUAAACGAAUAAUGUGCUUACUAUAUAGACGAUUCUUUGAAGUUGGACAAUAAAAAGUUUCGCUUCAUGUCACCUAAUAAUAUGCCAAUAUUUAAUUUUACAUACUAUUUCCUUUUUUCAGUCCUCCAGAUCCUGCCAAGCUGAAGAAAGCAAGAGCAAAACGUCUGAAAGAGAUAAAGAUGAAUGCAGCUUUAACUGAAAUUUUUGCAUUCUUUUUCUUUCUUGUUUGCUUGAUGGAUGUUGCGCAAUACCACAGGGAUCCGAAUACUUACUUACUGAGCAAGACAUUGUCUGAAACUUUUGUCAAUGUUGAUUCAUUUGCCAUUCCACUUGACUGGGUGAGUUAGCAUCUGUGCACGUGAAUGUUUGCCAUAUUUCACAGUUUAAUGCAAGUACAGGUAUAUAAAUUAUUUCGAAGUAUAAGAUAAAGCAUGUGUAGCUCAAACGUGUCUAUAAUCACAGCGAGCCCGACUCGUAUCAUUAUUUGUUUAUGAACAUUCAAGAAAGUGAUAAAAGGAAUAGUGCUUUCCAAACAAGGUCAGAAUCGUGUAUAUUUUCUUGAAUUGAACAACAGCACGCCGGUUUUUUAACCCUUCCCUUUUUCCUCAUUUUCUUCCGCGCGUGUUUUUUUCGCAUUGCGUGUUUCCUUGCAACGCGUGUUUCUUGCCUUGUCUGCUUUGAUAUAAACGUAUGGAGGAUAAUAUUGAUAUAAUAGGCCAUAGUCGAGUUUCGUGUAGUAUAGUGCCUCUAUAAAAUGAAACCAUUUCUACACUAAACAGUCGUGUUUCAGUUUAAAUUUUAAACGAAGCCAUUACACCAUUCAUUGUUUGCUGCGCACAGUUGUGAAACCGUCACUUUUGAAGAAGCUUGUUUUAAGUUUUUAUGCGCUACCCUCGUUAUACAUAAAUGCGUAUUAUACAUUAUGCGUAAAACCGCUUGAAUUGUGUUUUACUUAUUGCGCAGAUCGUCGAUGCUGAUUCAUUAUGGAUGUGGUCUCGCGAGACACUUAUUCCAGGAUUGUACGCAGGGGAGUGGUACAACGGCAAGGAAAUUGAAAAAGGUUAUCUCGCAAACAUGGAGGAUUAUCUUGUGGGUGUUCCGCGUGUGAGAAUGGUUCGUGUUAAGAAUGGUUAGUGUUAACAAUGGUUAAAAAAUAGGCAUACCGACGUACAGUUGUACGCCAAAAAAGUAUAUCUCAGGAAACAUACUGUAAGAUAAUGUACACUCAAUACAGCUCCAUUGUGUUUACCUGAAAAGCCUUCACUCCGAUCCAAGUUAUCGUCAUCAACUCUCCAUCUCGAUAGCUACAGUACUUUCGCAAAAAUGGUCCCAGAAUUGAAAUUUUCAUGCUCAAAUUUGUCUAUACGGAACAUUUCACGUUGUUUAGACCGCUAGCACGCGAGUUGACCUGGCUCAUCUUUUCAUGUUUUGAAAACUCGGUAAAUGCAUGCUCGUCAUGAUGGUGUAUGGUCAUUUUCUUGUAAAAUAUUAGAGCUAGACAUUUUUCACUCCCCAAUGACCACCCCUAAAAGCAACCAUUCUGAACACCAUAAGAACUUCAAGAAAUGUGUAGUUUCCAUGAUUUAGUAGAUAGGGCUAUGUCGCAAGCGCCAUUUCUGCCGGUGUGGUCUUUUUGGGACGUUUCGUCCUGGAUUUGGGUUUUGGCAGAUAUAUUGUCCGCGAUGGUCAAUAUACCCUAAACAGUUGAGAUUAUCUGUCCUAAAUAAAAUGUUUUAAAUCUCUCGUAACCCCUUUUUUAUUCGGCUUUCAUAUUCCCGCUCUUUAAAUUUUCAAGACUAUGCAUUCCAGCAACGCGCAUGCAUGUAAGUAACAUUAAACCGCGAUCCUGUCGAAUCUCCAUACAUAUUCCGCUCUUGUGAAUGGGUAGGCAGCGAUUGCUUUACAAUUUUUCGUAUCACACUUACGACUAUUUUCCAUUCAUUAGGUACGUGUACAGUGUCCAGCUAUUUUGAAGACACCAUUGCUGACUGUAACGCGCAGUAUUCCGUAGCAAAUGGAGAUGAUGAAAACUAUAACGUAGGCUGGGAGCCACUGGAUACUACUUCCACCAGAAAACGCCGAGGAACUCGUAUCCCAGAGAGCGAAGAAGCAUGGUUGGAAAGUGUAACAGAAAAAGAACAAGUAGAAAAUGAUAGGCGUGCUCAUCGUCGAAAAAGAGCUGUUGAUCCUAUUCAAAGUGGACGGAAUCGCAGGAGAAAGAACCGACUGUUGUCUAGCGAGCGCCCGAAGACAUACACCGUUCAAAGCAAUGCUGUAUCGACAGAUGGACACGUCUUGUCGUGUUUGCAGAGAUGGCGCCAUCAGUCAAUGUUAGAGCUACGAGGAUACCCCUAUUGGGGAACAAUCGCUGUGUAUGGUGGAAGUGGUUAUGCAGCUAAUCUUGGUUAUGACCAACUGACUGCUUAUACUGUUGUUGCUGACUUGCAUUCAAAUGGUUGGAUCAGCAAGCAAACGCGUGCCGUUUUUGUGGAAUUUACCGUCUACAACGCAAAUACAAACUUGUUUGGUAUAGUUUCAAUUUUCAUCGAAUAUCCGUCUUCUUCAGGUGUUGUUAACAAGGUUCAGUUACAGGCUGCGCGGUUUUAUCUUCAGCUUAACGGAGGCCAAACACUGGCCCAUGUCUUGGUCAUAUUCUUCAUGCUGUAUUUCCUUUAUAGAGAAGGGAAACUUCUCCAUAAACAACGCUGGACUUACUUCAAGGGUUUCUGGAAUUGGGUUGAAACAAUUCUUGUUAUCUCUGAAUUUUCUUUAAUUAUCCUAUUUCUGGCACGUUUGUUCGAAGUUGAUCGAAAUCUACUUCAACUACGGGAAAAUCCAAACGAUUACGUUGCUUUCCAGUAUGCUGGCCAGGCAGAUGCUGCUAUGACGGCCAUCCUUGGUAUACUAGUGUUUUUCUACAUUCUUCGGUUUUUGCGACUUCUGAGAUUCAAUAAAAACUUCCUGAUUAUUGGUACAACGUUAUCUCGCAUCAGCGGGCCCAUUUUCAGUUUCUUCAUUCCUUUUCUAUCUGGCUACUUGGCGUUUGGUUUGUUUGCAUUUAGCGUGUUUGGUUCAGAACUUGAAGAUUAUAGUACAUUUGUAAGAACAAUGGUAACUCAGUUCAGUAUGACUUUGGGUGAUUUUGAUUUUGAAGCACUGAUGUCCGUCAGUGUAGUAUUCGGUUCCUUAUAUUUCUUCGCUUUCAUUGGACUCAAUGUAAUGGUGUUAAUGAACAUGUUCAUCGCAAUCAUUAAUGAUUCGUAUGCCGAAGUACAGGAGGAAACUGCCGAGAUGGAAAAUGAAUUUGAGCUCGUUGAUUAUGUGGUUGGGAAAAUCAGUGAGAAGUUUACAAGGUAAUUUGUAUUUUCUAAUAAGUAUCCAUGAUCCAUAAAUAUUUCGGGUAAAUCUGGCAGUCAUGGAUUCUUUUGUCUGAAUAAUAAAUUUGGUGGGAUUUAAUGUUUUUGUUUAAAGGUUUGGAUCACUCUCCUCCGCAGAGUCUGAAUUAUAUAGGAUUUGUAGGGAUAAUGUAGGGAUAGUAGAGGACAUUUAGUGGUGACGGGGGGGAGCCCAUCAUACCUAGCGCGUUUAACGAACAAUUACGUAAUUUGUUUCCCAAGUAAUAUUACGUAAUUUUACUAAAAAUUCGUAAGGCUCUGCGGAGGAGAUGGGUUUGGAUUAUAGCUAGUGAUACAAUUGAUCCAAUGUGAUCGCACGCGUACAGUACGCCUUUUGAAAAAACCUACGCUAUAUAUUAUAUAUUUCAAUCAAAAUUAUGAAGCAAAAAUGACUUUCUCAAAGUCCAACAAGUCCAACACAAUAGUCUAACAGGAGAAAAUAUUUUAUAUUCGUGACACAUUACCAUGGAGCGUCCCAUGGGACGUCCCUUCCAUCAUAGGUGGUGCGAUUUUUGGAAUUUCAAGGGUUAUUCUCAUACCGUGUUAUGUUCUGGCGCAACAAAUCCGGAUUCGGAAUUACAACAGCUUUCUUUGUGUUUGGCAAAACCGCAGCUUUGUUUAGUGAAAUAAUUUGCUCAUCUGUACCCGGAACAAAACGAGAAGACAUUUUGUUUUGGUCCGCGGGUUAAUAUUAUAUAGUGCAAGGAUAUCCGGAGCUGAGCACCAAUCCAAUUGUGCGUAAAGUACUGUCAGUCCACUCACCUCCCGAGUAUAUGCUAAUGGUAAUUAUUCCGUCCAACCAAACAAUCUGAUUGACAAUGAACAUUUCAGUUUAAUUUCAACAUCACUUUAUUUUUCCCAUAAUACGUGCAAGCUAACUAUUUUCAAUUCAUUUCAAAUCGGUCCCACAGAAAGCCCGUCGUGACAAAAUUGGAUAACGUAUACAUAAACUACCGAGCACAUUGUAACGGAUUAUCCUUGUGUUAUAUGUAGGAGUAAACCAAGUCAACGCCGAAGGAAGCGUAAAAAGAAAAGACGUGUCAAAAACAACGAUGACGCAAAGUUGAUUGCCACCAAUAACUGCUCUACCGAAGUAGAUUUGAUGUGCGAUAAACUUGACAAAUUAUUGGAGGCUAUUGAAAAUGGUGCGGAAGAAGACAACAAAAUUGAGACGCAGAUUUGUUCGGUUCCCGAAGAGAAAAAAGACUCGUAUUACCAACUCUUGUGUCUGAUUGAAAGUGAUUUAGUUGAAGAGGGCAAAAGUCCUUUCAGUCCUGCUGACAUGUACGCUAAAUAUGUUGAGAUUAUGUACCUGCAUUAACUGGAAUGAGGGAAGACCAUGUGGAAACGCUGUAGCCAGGUUGUUUGGUUCAUUUCCUAUUAAAUAGCAAACCAGUUAAUUAAUUAUCUAUAAAAACAUUUCGGCAGAAAUUUUCCAAAAUCCUUGUGUUCUUCAAGCGCUCUGUAUUUAUGCUUGCAUUUAGGGUACUGCAUGGCAUAUUAAUCUAACAAAAUAGAACAUCAAUUUAUUUGUUUUGUGAAAAACAGCACGUUUAUUUUGCAAAAUUUUCGAUACAUAAAAACGAAACUCAAUCUUCAUCAGUGCAAAUGUUAGACUCAUAUUAUCCAAUGUAAUUACGUAUUUAACAAUUGAUGUUGAGCGUGAUAUAAGCUAAGGGGGUUAACACAAACCGAAAAUGUAAAACAGGAUGGGCGUGGUGUUUUUCACGAUCAGACGCAUUCGAUUGAACUUAUCUUUAUAAUAAAUAGUGUAUGUGGUAAAAUAGAUUGUUUUGUAAUAACAGUAUAUUCCAAGUUGCACAACCUUACCAUAUGAUUAUCAAAACACAGCACAUUCCAGUUUAUUUACGACACGCAAAAAUGAGCCCGUGGAUUAAUUUACUAUCACUAACAUGCACAAUUUAUUAAUUACAAUCAUGCAAGUACAUAUAAGUGAAACUUUAAAUAUUUAUACGCACAUCACUAAUGUGAAAAAAUUAUUCAGUAAAAUUUAAUAUCAUAUGCGAACUUCAAUCACCCGAACUUCCUUUGACUACAGUAAUUACUAUAAUUCGUUUUUUUUAAUGCAGAUUUUUCAGUUAAAAUUCCAGGAAUACACAAAUAUAUAAAUUUA